AUGAGUGCCAAUCGGACUAGCAGCAGUAGCAACUGCAAUAGCCGUAACAACAACAAUCGUGUGAGCUGUACGAUUUGCUCAGAGCAAUAUAAGGAGGCCGAUAAUAUUUACGCAGGCACGUGUGGUCACGUAUUCCACUGGAGCUGCCUACAGCGCUGGUUUGAAGAAGCUCGCAAAUGUCCGAUUUGUCGCUGCAGAGAUGCUGAUUAUUUUCAAAUUUAUUUAAAUUUUGAUGAAUCAGCAGAGAGUCAUAGAGAAGCUAGCAGCAGCAGUAGCAGCCAUGCACCAAUCAACGACUUUGAGAACAUGCUGUACGAGGAGCGACUAUAUCGUGAAGAAAUUAAUUAUUUAAACAGUUGCAUAGAAAACUUAAGUUUACUGUAUGCGACUAACGCAAGUGAUUCAGAUUAGUAAGUGAUUUCAAAUUACGCGGCUAACCGAGCAUCUAUGUGUAUUAUCGAUAAUUUAAAAUACUCAAGCUUAACAUAUGUACCCAUUGUUUAUAUUAGAGCUGAUAAAUGCAAUCAUGUUACAACAACAGCUGUCGCUGUUAGAAAAUUAUUUAGCUUAUA